CACGCUUCUGCAACAAGCAGGAAAUAGAGGAGAGUACAAGCAGAGGAGAUAGGGGAUCGCCAUGGAGCAGAUGGCGGCGUGAUCCGCGGGUCGAAUCAGUCCGGCCAGCAAGCUGGCGGUGGCAGGGGCCAUGCGCGCCUGCCGGUCGCCCUUAAAAGAGAGGCUCGCUCAUUUGUUCGGGGGGUUUUCUUUUGGGGUUCAAGCUACAGAGGGAGAGAGAUUGGAAGAGCUCGGGAGAGUUUUAAGUGAGUGAGAGGGAGAGAACCAGACAAUGAGGGAGCUCUGCUCCCACCCCCGGAACCAGGUAGGUGUUGUGGGUAGCUUACUUAUUUAUUUGUGUCGAGUUGCGUCACUUUCCCGAGGAUCUCGCUUCGGGAACACCGCGGGACGGCCAGUCAUUGCUCGAUCCAUUUCGAGUUCACCCUCCCAUCGCCGUUGCGGAAGUCGAGUAGGGAUCUGUCAUUUUAAACGCUCGUUCCCGAGAACGCUCGAUGCUCCGCCUUAUUUUGGUAGGAUAGGACGUUGAGUUUGCUCCUCCUGUCAGUCACAUGCGUACUGGGCUUCUAAUGCCCAUUUGAUGAAUUUAUUAUUAUUAUUUUUUUAAGUUUGGCGCUGAGUCCGAGUCCAAAAGGGUUGAUAUCGUUCCUCCGUUCCAUGCCCGCCCCAUGUUCGACGAUACGUCCAAGCCUGCCUAGGCGCGUACAUUACCGAUUCCCAUUUGUUCUUGAACGCGGAUAAGUAGGUUUUGCACGUUAUGAACCUUUUGUUUGCUUGCGACUUGUCGUUUGCAUCAUCGGGCCGUGUCUGGGCAUACAUUCGCUGUGUUUUAUUUGUCUCCCGUUGGUUUCCUCCUUCGAUGCUGUCACCCCUCGCUCGCCUCGCCGCUCAGCUGCUGGCCCUCGACGCCGCCGCUGGACGCCGUCACCCCUUGCUCGCCUCGCCGCUCAGCCGCUUGCCGUCAACACCGCCGGUGGACGCUGCUCGUCCCCUCGGUGGAGGAUGCUCGCCGCUCGCCCAGCCGUCCCCAACGCUGCUGGCCCGGUCGCCCCGACGCUGCUCACCCCUGACGCCGCUCGGCCAGCCGCCCCCGACGCUGCUCGCCCAGUUGGUCCCCUACGACGCUCGCUGCUCGCCCAGCCGCCCUUGAUGUUGCUCGCCUAGUUGUCCCCGAAGCCGCUCGCCCAGCUGCCCUUGAUGCCGCUCACCCAAUCACCCCUGAUGCCCCUCGCUGAGCCUCCCCCGAAGCUGCUCGCCCAGCUGCUUGCCCUCAACGCCGUCCUCAACACCGCUCACCAAGAUGCAGAUGCUACUAAACCUAAUCUCAUUGAAGGAAGAGCCUUUCGUGCCUUAUCUGAUGUUCAAAGGGAAGAAAUUGCAGAAAGAAUAUCUGUGAUGGGACGAUCCUCACCAAGUGGCAAGCUUCUGCUUGUGCAAGCUCUGAAGAAACGAGGACAUGUAGUUGCUGUUACUGGAGAUGGCACAAAUGAUGCCCCUGCUCUAAAUGAGUUUCCAAUAUUUCAUUGUUUAUUUUUUAUUUUUAUGGGAAGGUUUGGAUCUAUUUAUGAUGUGGUUAUGCUGGCAGCACAUUUGCAUUACAGCCCAGCUCGAUGGAUUUGCAUUAUUGGCCACAUUCGCAUUAUGUUGCUCAUUUGUCCGUAGGCUUCUAAAUUCUCUAGUUGACUGGUAGACAGUCAAAGUAACUUGGGUGCAAUAAAUGUUAUCAAAUUGGUUUGUACACCUUAAUGUGGUCCUGAUGUCUUAUGGUAUAUUAUAAUUGGUACAUUACGCA